CGGGAUGGAGAGAGCUGAUGCCAGGAUGCUCCGGAGCCCGGCUGAGGGUCCGUCUCCUGACUGCACGGUGGCCCACCGGAAGGGCCUCUCAGGGCUGGCCUGUCCCGACCUCAGGCCUCUUUAAAAAGACGUUGAAUACAUUCAAUCAGUUGUCCUUCUCUCCAAAAACUUCCUCUCAGAGUGACCCUCGGGAAUGCCUUCCUGCUGUGUGAAUGAGCAAGCAAAGAAGACUGCUCUAAGUGAUCAGAAAACGAUUCAACAGGCCUGGAAAGCUUCUGAGACUGGAUUCCAGUUGGGUUUGGAGUGGCUCUUGAGGCCAAACAAGAUUCCAGAUAUUCCUCUAUUUCAUAUGUGCCUUCCAGAACAUCUCCUGUGGCAUCCACUACUUGGCUUCUGUGUUCAUGGCGGUGACACCUCAGCAUGCCUGCAGGCCCCCAGGCAAUGUGAGCCGGGUUCUUUUCCACAAUCACUCUGCUUGGAGGGUGGAGGACAUCUGGGCUCUGGUGUCACCAGGCCACGAAGGCCACAUUGCGGUGCAGCUGCAGAACGGUACCAUCUGGGAGCUCAGCAGCUGUCGCAGGUCCAGGAGAGAAGAUGCCCUGCACCUGGAGUAUGAAUACAGGGGCAGUAAGCUUGACUUCCCUUGCUCAGAUGGCUACAUCUAUGACCAGGGCAAGUGGGACAGCACUGUGGUGACCGAGUGGGAUCUGGUCUGUCAUCGCGGAUGGCUCGCAAAGCUGAUCCAGCCUGUGUUUAUGCUUGGAGUUCUGCUGGGAGCGGUGAUUUUUGGCUACCUUUCUGACAGGGUAGGACGACGACUUAUCCUGUGGUCCACAAGCAUCGGCAAGUUUUUGUUCGGCAUAGCAGUGGCAUUCACGUAUGAUUAUUACAGCUUCAUGGCCACGCGCUUUCUUCUUGCCAUGGCUGCAAGUGGCUACCUCGUGGUGGUGUUUGUCUAUGUGACGGAAUUCAUCGGCAUGAAGUCUCGGACAUGGGCAUCUAUCCAUUUGCAUUCUUUCUUUGCAGUAGGAAUAAUGGCAGUGGCUUUGACGGGCUACUUGGUCAGGACCUGGUGGCUCUACCAGAUAGUCCUGUCCACAGUGACUCUUCCCUUUCUCCUGUGCUGUUGGAUGCUCCCAGAGACACCCUUCUGGCUUCUCUCUGAGAAAAGAUAUGAAGAAGCACAGAAAGUGGUUGGUAUGAUGGCCAAGUGGAAUAGAACACGCUCCUGUAAACUGUCCGAGCUUCUAUCACUGGAUCUAAAUGGUCCUGCUGGCUGCAACCCCUCUGAUGCAAAGAAGCAUAAUGUCUUGGAUCUGUUUUGUGACUGGAACAUUGCACUAAGAACCCUUACUGUUUGGCUCGUCUGGUUCACGGGGAGCUUGGGAUUCUACUCGUUCUCCUUGAAUUCUGUUAAUUUGGGAGGCAGCGAAUAUUUAAACCUCUUCCUCAUGGGUGCAGUGGAAAUUCCUGCCUACGUCUGCAUAUGCUUUGGGAUGGACAAGGUGGGGAGAAGGAACGUCCUGGUCCUCUCCCUUAUCUCAAGUGCGCUGAUCUGCGCUGUAAUGAUGAUGAUCCCCCAGGAUUAUCAUAUUUGGGGCGUGGUGGCAGCUAUGGCUGGCAAGUUUGCCGUCGGCGCAGCGUUUGGCCUGAUUUACCUUUACACAGCAGAGUUGUACCCAACCGUCGUCAGGUCGCUGGCUGUGGGCAGUGGCAGCAUGAUGUGCCGUGUGGGGAGCAUCGUGGCCCCGUUCUGCGUGUACCUCACGAGCAUUUGGAUCUUCAUGCCACAGCUGGUUGUUGGAAUUGUGGCCUUUGUGAGUGGAGUGCUGACUCUGAAGCUUCCAGAAACCCUCGGGAAGCCCCUGGUGACAACUUGGGAAGAGGCGUGGAGUCUGGAAUCCGGAAAAGAUAGCAGUUCGGGCAAAUUAUGCCCCACACCCAAUAACAUUGCGUUGGAAAAAAGAGACAUGCUUGACGCAGGGGAUUCUGGUCUCUGAAGAAAGGUGCUGUAUGUGCCGUCCAGCACCUCAGAUACUGUUUACAGAUCAAUGCCUUUUGUGUUAGAGGAGUAUCACUCUCAUCUCCGGCAUGCUGUUCUGUAUCUUUUCUUGUAAGAAAAAAAUUCUUAAAAUUGUUUUGCACAAGUAAAAGAAAUAAAAACCAA